GAUGUUCGAAGCCAAGUUUAAUGAUGGAGUUUAAUUCAAAAAGAUUGUUGAGGCAGUUAAGGAAUUAGUAAAGAAUGUAAAUUUAGAAGCAAAUGGAACAGGAAUUUCAUUAUAAGUAAAAAUAUUAUUAUAUACAAUAAGGCUAUGGAUACAUCACAUGUGGCCUUGGUAGCUUUGCAAUUAAAUGAAAAGGGAUUCAAAAAAUAUAGAUGUGAGAAAUCUUUGACUAUGGGGUUAAGUAUUGAAAAUUUGUAAAAAAUUCUAAAAUGCUCAGGAAAUGAUGAUUAAAUAACUUUAAGAACUUAAGAUGAAGAACCAACAACAUUAUCAUUUACAUUUGAAUCAAAAAGUAUAUAUAAUAUCUAUAGAUUAGAUAGAAUAAGUGAAUUUUAGUUAAAUUUGAUGUCAUUAGAUUAGGAAUAAUUAGGUGUACCUGAUACAGAGUAUUCUUCUGUAGUUAGAAUGCCAUCAAAUGAAUUCACAAAGAUAUGUAGAGAGUUAGGAAACAUUAAUGAAGCAAUAGGAAUUGAGACAUCAAAAGAUGGAAUAAAAUUUUAUGUAAAGGGUGAUAUUGGAGAGGGACAAGUUUCUGUUAAAGCUUAUGAUACAGAGAAAAUAGAAGAGAGAGUAGAAUGUGAUGUUGAUGAACCAGUAAAUUUAAGUUUUGCAGUUAGGUAAAUUUAUAAUGGUUAUAAUAGAUAUUUUAAUUUAUUUAAUAAAGCAUCUGCAUUAUCAAAUUAAGUUGUGUUGUCAAUGUCUUAAGAUUAGCCAUUAGUGAUUGAAUAUGUACUUGAGGAGAUGGGAUCACUGAAGUUAUAUUUAGCUCCUAAAAUAAAUGAUGAAGAAUCUUAAUGACC